UGACAAUCGACAGAAUUGUCAAAUUUAAAGUAUUGAUCAAAACAUUCAGUACUAAACUUCUUAAAAGAAAAAGAAAAUUCAGUAUGAGUUGUCCGGUUAAAAGUCAAUGUCAAGCAGCUAAGGGAAAAACUUACAGGAUCGUAAUGAUACGCCACGGAGAAUCCGAAUGGAAUAAAAUGAACCUUUUUUGCGGAUGGGUCAAUUCCGAAUUGAGCGAAAGAGGCAGAAAUGAAGCCGUAAGAUCUGGCAACGCUAUCAAAGAAGCGGGUUUGAAAUUCGAUCAAGCAUACGCUUCAGUAUUAAAGAGAUCUCAGGAUACACUAAAGACUAUUUUAGAAAUUAUAGGCCAAACAGACAUCCCCACUGAAUAUACUUGGAGAUUAAAUGAAAGACAUUACGGAGGACUUACAGGUUUAAACAAAUUAGAAACGGUUGAAAAAUAUGGAGAACAACAAGUUCAAAUAUGGAGAAGAAGUUUUGACGUACCCCCACCUCCUCUAACUCCCGACCACCAAUAUUACAAUGUUAUACUAAACGAUCCAAUAUAUGCCAAUGGGCCACCUAAAGACCAAUUUCCUAUGUUUGAAUCUUUAAAACUUACUAUUGAGCGAACACUACCAUUUUGGAAUGAGACUAUAGUGCCGGCAAUGAAGUCAGGAAAACGAAUAAUAAUAGCAGCACAUGGAAAUAGUCUGAGGGGGAUUGUCAAACACCUAGAUCAAAUGUCAAAUGAAGAAAUCAUGAAACUAAAUCUUCCUACAGGUAUACCUUUCGAAUAUGUUCUGGAUGAAAAUAUGAAACCAAUAAAAAGCUUGCAGUUCAUGGGCGAUCCUGAAACAGUCAGAAAGGCAAUGGAAGAAGUUGCAGAUCAAAUAAAAAAGAAGUGAUUAUACAAUACUGUAAAUACUGAACUAU